AUGGAUUGGUGGGGUACGCUUGAGGCGAAGACGCAUGGUCGGGCAGCGUGGCGUAAUUUGUUGAGUAAGACGGAUGGCGCUCGGUUGGCACAGCCGCUGAAAGGGAGUGAACUGCGUGUAUGUAACCUGGCUUACGUGGAGUUGGCAGCGAUUUUGGCGGGUCGUUUGGACGAGCCGUUUGGGUCGUUUUCGGAUGAGGAGCGGGCGGCUGCGGAGAGGGUAUUGGCUUUAGAAACGCCGCAGUGGCGGGUCACUGCCUGGCUGGGCGGCUGUAAACUCGAACGUGCGGAGAUAUCGCUUGAGCGGUUGCUACGUUUCUGCCGCGAGGAACUCCGCUACAGCCCCGAGGACGAGCGUUUCGAGUGUCUGAAGGCGCCGUGUUUCUCCAUUGGCGAGCCAUGUACGGCGCGAGGUCCUUGGCGCCAGGAGCGCCGGCUGGACGGCUUGGUGAAAGGCGAGCCCGUGAUUGUCACGGCGCCCGCUUUCGCGCGCAUGCCCGACGGUCGGCACUUGACCAUGUGCGUACUGCACACUGGUGUGGCGCACGACUGCGCAAAGCACACGCGUGCGGCGCACAACUGUGCAGUGGAGACAUGUGCGACGCACAUACGCACGGCGCUGGCGCCUUUCGCCGGCGACGAAGUCAACGCCGUGGAGGCCCUGAACCGGCUCUUCGGACGAGUGCAUCGGGAGCGACUGGCCACGCUGCAGCCCUGGCAGCUCUCGCACUGCGGCCUGGACUACGAAGAAGUGGCCGCCGUGCUCUGCAAGUAUUUGGUGCACCCGCUGGGGCGGCCGUUGCAAAAGGCGCGCGAGGCCGUGCAAGCCGUGCUCGAGCCAUACGAUCCCGACCCGACGACGACGGCGCUGCGCGCGGACACGUGGCUGGUCGCGUGCAAACUGCGGCACUCGCGUGUGCCGGUGCGCACACUCGCGGAGUUCUGCACCGCACUCGGGUACGAGGGCAACGCGCACGCGGGGCUCGAGUGCUACAAACGCCGGCACUGGCUUCCCCGUCGGGCCAACGCGGCGUCCCGAGUCUCGUUGAACAACUGGCUGUGCCGCCUGUAUGGAACCGCCGGCCCGGAAGCCCUUGAGAACUCACUCAUGCGUUUCGCCGUCAAUCGCGUGACCGACAAAGACGGUCUCAGCUUAACCUCCCGCGACUGGCGCCUCAGGGUCGGCCCCCCGCUCACAAGAUCGGAGGUGCUCGAGUCCCUCCAGACCUACAAAGCGCAGGCUAGCCAUGAGGCGCAGGUUAACCAUGAACGGAAUGAUUUUAUGCAGCCGCUGUGUGAAGUACUCAGGUUGCUUUUGAAUGCACGCGACUUGGACGAAGGGUACAUCGUGCCGCCGGAUGCGCUUGCACUGGUCCCGACGUACCUCAGGUGGGCAGAGGCGACGCAAGGGCUGCACAAAGGUGUUAUUUUUGGUAAGGCGCACCACCUGCGCAUCGCAGCGGACAUAAUCAACUUCAUGGAAGUCUGCCCCGCCAAGCUCGCCGACUUCGUGCUCCGCACGUGGACCCCGGUCGAAAUCUCCGACGCUCUGCUUCAACUGGACCUCUCCCCCGAAGUCGUCGAUCAGGCUAUGCCACCCCCGCCGGCAUUCCAACACGAACGCAAAGAAGCACUGUUAAACGCACUUGCGACCGCAGAACUCGUUCCAGCCUGGACAGUCCAGCACUGCUCCUAG